AUGGGGAAUGUCUUGGCUGCCAGCUCUCCCUCUCCCCCUCCUGCAGGGUCCCCUGUGGGAUCCGGUUUAGUGUCUGUGCCUCCUGGGUUCACGAUGCCCCCCGUCUCUGGCCUGGGCCAAGUAGCAGAAAAGAAGGAAACUCAGGAAGAGAGGUUACCUAAUCCCGGCACUUUUGAAGAGUGUCACCGCAAAUGCAAAGAAUUAUUCCCCAUGCAGAUGGAAGGUGUGAAACUUACUGUAAAUAAAGGGUUGAGUAACUAUUUCCAGGUAAACCAUACGAUUGCACUCAGUACUGUCGGGGAUUCAAAUUAUCAUUUUGGAGCCACAUAUGUUGGAACAAAGCAGCUGAGCCCAACAGAGGCAUUUCCUGUUUUAGUUGGAGACCUAGAUAACAGCGGCAGCCUGAAUGCACAAGUAAUCCAUCAACUCACUCGGUGCAUCCGAUCAAAGAUUGCCAUUCAGACCCAACAGUCCAAGUUUGUGAAUUGGCAAGUAGACACGGAAUACAGAGGAGAAGACUUUACAGCUGCUAUGACAUUGGGCAACCCAGACGUAAUAGUGGGAUCUGGUAUUGUGGUUGCACACUAUCUACAGAGCAUCACACCCAAUCUAGCAAUGGGAGGAGAACUUGUAUAUCACCGGCGUCCUGGGGAGGAGGGAACAGUGAUGUCAUUAGCAGGAAGAUACACAGCUCCAAAUUGGACAGCGACAUUAACGCUAGGUCAAGCUGGAGCACAUGCAACAUAUUACCAUAAAGCGAAUGAUCAGCUUCAAGUAGGAGUGGAGUUUGAAGCCAGCACCAGGAUGCAGGACACAAGUGUCUCCUUCGGUUACCAGCUGGACCUCCCCAAAGCUAACCUACUGUUUAAAGGCUCAGUGGACAGCAAUUGGAUAGUCGGGGCAACUUUAGAAAAGAAACUUCCACCGCUUCCUCUGACACUAGCCAUGGGAGCUUUCCUCAACCACAAGAAGAACAAAUUCCAGUGCGGCUUCGGCUUGACCAUUGGUUAA